AUGAAAAUAAAUACGUGUCAAAACCGUAAAACGGUUCAUCCAAAUGAUGUAAGAAAUAUUGAAGAUGCAUUACAGAAUUUGAAACGUUCAAUCAGUAAACUAAAACCGGAUACAUUUAAUGUUGACGUUAAAUUACCUUGUGAAGUACACUUAGAUACAGCGUUGGAAAACAUUAAACAACAGCAACAACUAUUGAAUGAGAAAGAUAAGCAAAUAGAUCAUUAUCGAAAAACGUAUAUUCCGAUUUCGGAUAAGAAAAAGGAAUUUCGUGCAUUUUUUAUGAAAUUGGGUGUGUCUGUGCUAUACGAUUACGUCCUUGUUGGUGACAAAGUUAGAAUAAAUUCAAAUGGAUUUUAUAAACCAAACAUUCAUUACAAGACUGGAACAAUCGUCGCUGUGAAACAGCAGACAAUUAUAGUAAGAUGGGACAAUGGAAUCGAAAUCGCUUAUGAGUGUGAUGGUAAAAGACAUGAUUUACUGUGGGAUAUAACUGUUCCGGAUAUUACUUUUUAA